AUGUCAGACUCCGAAGGUGUUGCACCACCACCACCGCGACCGCCGCCACCACCACCACCACCACAUCCGACGACCGCGGGCAAGUCGAUCGAUGUGCCCAAGCCCAAGUACAAGUCAUGGCGGAAGAAGUAUCGCAAGAUGCGCCACAACUUCGACGGCGUCCUGGACGAGAACAAGCGGCUGUUCAAGGACGAGCAGAAGCUGGAGGGUAUCGCGCGCAGGCUGCGUGAAGAGCUCGAUGACUUGCGCGAUCUGUUGCUGGACCUCAACCAGAACCCCGCGCUACCCACGUCCAUGCGCUACAACAUCAACACCGACCAGAACAACACCGACAUCGCUACCAUUCGCGACGUCGUUGACGAUAACAUUACGCCGCAGGCUGCCAACGAGACCCUUGCCGACUACAAGAGCGCCGUGCAGCGUGGCCAGAUCCCGCCCAUGGAUCUCAACGUCAUCAGAGCUCAGCUAGACAAGAAGCUGGCAGCCCAAGGUGUUGACAAGCUGGAAGAGAUCGAGUCCUCCACCUCGCAUCCUGUUCCGACGGACCCCAUGAUGGAUUACCUAAUGGGACCCAACCCGCCUGGCUACUAUACAACUGAGGAGGAAGAUGCUCGUCUGCUGCGUCUCGAUGCGCAGCUCGGCGAUUUGCCCAGCCUGGAACGCGCAAUCAAGAAAGAGCAGGAAGGAUCUAACGAGCCGCUACACUGGGCGGAAAUGACUCCCAGAGAGAUGGAAAGACAGGCCGAACUGCACAAUCCUCAGUCCCAACACAAUUGGCUCAAGUUACAUGCGAAGGGUACCGGAGCCGAUGUCGAUGACACCGAAAGUCUGGCGUCACACGACACGAAGCCUACAGUUGCCCGAGGCGGGAAAGGCAAGAAGCGUGACUUGGCGCAGCAGGUCGGCGAUCGUGCUGUCGGUAGAGCAAGGGAUGGCAACAGUCCAGGUGCUGCGAGCGGCGUUGGAGAUGAAGACUAUGGCUUUAUCGACGAUCACCCACAAGGGAGCGCCAAAAAGCGAAAAGCAAAAGACGAAGAUGGUGCCUAUCGCGUCAAGGGCGGCAAGUCUGGCGGUGGGAAUGCUAAGGGCAAGAGGAAGCGCACGACUGGUGACGAUGGCGCCGUCAGCGCGAAAAAGCCAAAGGUUGAUGAGUAG